UGGUUGAGAAGAACCUUUGAAAAUAGAAUAUCCAAAUUCAAUCGGGUGCGACACCGUAACCCCAAGAUCGAUAGUCGGUCGGCGAGCCGCGACCGUGGUUUUGAAACCACAAGAACUAGGGUCCAUCUGUUCCAAAAACCCCCCUCUUUACUCCUCUUGGAGAUUUAGGGUUUUCUUUCUUUCUGUUUUCUUUUCUCAGAAACCAAACAGGAAAAGUAAUUAAGCAUGUCGAAGAGAAAAUUCGGAUUCGAAGGCUUUGGCAUAAACCGCCAGACGACUUACAACUUCGAGCGGUCUCAACAAGCUCCUCAGCGAUUGUAUGUGCCUCCAUCUUCGCGGGCACAAGGCCAUGACAAUUACGAAGACACCGACCUUGACAAUAUCGAUUACGAAGAACAUGAUGCUGCUGCUACCAAGGAAAGUGGCAAUGGCGACGAAGGUAAUGGUGGAGCUAAGGAGGAGGAAGAAGUUGACCCACUUGACGCGUUCAUGGAGGGGAUUCAUGAGGAGAUGAGGUCGGCGCCGCCGCCCAAGCCUAAAGAGAAGGCGGAGAAGUAUAAGGAUGAUGAAGAUGAUGAUCCGAUUGAGAGCUUUCUCAGGGCGAAGAAGGACGUGGGUCUGACGCUGGCUUCAGACGUUCUUCACGCUGGUUAUGAUUCGGAUGAGGAGGUUUAUGCUGCGGCUAAGGCCGUCGAUGCCGGGUUGGUGGAGUAUGAUUCGGAUGAUAAUCCCAUUGUUAUGGAUAGGAAGAAGAUUGAGCCGAUUCCAGCUCUGGAUCAUAGUUCGAUUGACUAUGAACCCUUUAACAAGGACUUUUAUGAGGAGAAAGAUACAAUAUCAGGGAUGAGUGAACAAGAAGUUGCUGAAUACCAAAAGAGCUUGGCCAUUCGUGUGUCAGGUUUUGAUGUUCCAAGGCCGGUAAAAACUUUUGAAGAUUGUGAUUUCUCUUCGCAACUCAUGAGUGCUAUUAGAAAACAAGGCUAUGAAAAACCAACAUCAAUACAGUGCCAAGCUUUCCCGAUUGUGCUUUCUGGGAGGGAUAUUAUUGGAAUAGCAAAAACUGGUUCAGGUAAGACAGCAUCUUUUGUCCUUCCCAUGAUUGUCCAUAUCAUGGAUCAGCCCGAACUUCAGAAAGAGGAGGGUCCAAUUGGAGUCAUAUGUGCACCCACAAGAGAAUUGGCGCACCAGAUAUAUUUAGAGUGCAAGAAAUUUUCAAAAACACAAGGGAUACGUGUCUCAGCUGUUUAUGGUGGUAUGUCCAAACUUGAACAGUUCAAAGAGCUCAAGGCAGGUUGUGAAAUAGUUGUUGCUACUCCCGGUAGACUGAUAGACAUGCUGAAAAUGAAAGCCCUAACAAUGUCUAGGGCAACUUACUUGGUUCUUGAUGAAGCCGACAGGAUGUUUGACCUUGGGUUUGAACCACAGAUUAGAUCUAUUGUUGGUCAGAUUAGGCCAGAUCGUCAAACUCUGCUAUUUUCUGCAACAAUGCCUCGUAAAGUUGAGAAGUUGGCUAGGGAGAUACUGACUGACCCUGUAAGAGUUACUGUUGGGGAGGUUGGUAUGGCCAAUGAGGAUAUCACUCAGGUUGUUCAUGUGAUUCCUUCGGAUGCUGAGAAGUUACCUUGGCUUCUUGAACAACUACCUGCAAUGAUUGAUGCAGGCGAUGUCUUAGUGUUUGCUUCAAAAAAGGCCACAGUGGAUGAAAUUGAAUCACAGCUGGCUCUGAAGGGUUUUAAAAUUGCUGCUCUUCAUGGUGACAAAGAUCAGGCUUCCCGAAUGGAUAUAUUGCAAAAGUUUAAAUCUGGCAUUUACCAUGUACUUAUUGCAACCGAUGUUGCUGCGCGUGGUCUUGACAUCAAGUCGAUCAAGUCAGUGGUGAACUUCGAUAUAGCUAGAGACAUGGACAUGCAUGUUCACCGGAUUGGUAGAACAGGUCGUGCUGGUGACAAAGAUGGGACUGCAUACACUCUUAUAACACAGAAGGAGGCGCGGUUUGCUGGUGAAUUGGUGAACAAUUUGAUUGCUGCUGGUCAGAAUGUGUCAGUGGAGCUUAUGGAUCUUGCUAUAAAGGAUGGAAGGUAUAGAUCCAAACGUGAUGCAAGAAAAGGAGGUGGAAAAAAAGGUAGAGGAAGAGGCGGCGGCGGUGGCGGCGGCGGCGGUGGCGGCGGUGGUGGUAAUCGGGGUGUUCGUGGAGUAGAUUUUGGUUUGGGUAUAGGUUAUAAUCCUGAAUCUAACAGCAGUUCAUCUCAUGCUGCUCCUGGUCGAUCUGCGGCUGUAAAUUCUCUUAAGACUGGAAUAAUGACUCAAUUCAAGAGUAGCUUUGUUGCUGCUUCACCAACUUCUCAGAAUCAGGGAUCGAGUAACAGUUCAAAUGCACCUGCCAACAAGAGACCAGCAUUACGUGGCUUUGUCUCUGGUGGUUCAAUCGGAGGUGAUAAUUAUAGAGCUCAGACAACUAAUUCAAGUAAUUAUGCCCCACCAUCAGGGAUGAACAACUCCUCUAGUCAGAGCGCUAAUGCAAAUUCAGAUCAAAAGAACUCAGAAAGUUCUGGUGAUAGAACUAGGGAAAGACGGAGGCGCUCAGGUUGGGACCAUUAAGUUCAGUUGGAUGGUUCAACAUCAAACAAGAAUAGUUCUUUCUUUGUUCUCUAAGAUCGAAGUCUUGGAAUGCCUGUAUAAUUUUUCAUGCGUGGUGAGCUAUGUAAUUUCUAACCUUUUAUGAUUUCAUUCUACUUUUCACUCUAAUGACAUUACUAGCUCCUCAGUGAAUAUGACAAUUUUUGUAUUUAUAUUUUGUAUGAAGAAUUUUGGAUAAGGAAAUUCAAAUGAUCAA